CGAGCUUCUUUCCUCCAAUGAGGAACUCAUCACUUUUCAGUCUGAAACGAGGCCGGGCAGGGAGUACACUUUCAAGAUGGCGGCGCGGUGGGGAGCAGGCGAGGAGACUUUAACUGCGUGCAAUAUGGAAUUUUUCCCUUUGGAUACACUAGACGAGACUGCAGAACUGAGCUCUGGAGAAGCUCUGGAAGCUCUUCAGAGCUGCUUAGACCCCUCCAUCCUCUCCAUCUUCGAAGACACACCAACAAUUGAGACUAAAGGACUUGACGAGGAGAGCGAGGCCACGCUGCUAACCGCCCUGACGGAGAUACUUGACAACGUAGAUGACGAAAACCUGUCCCCAUUUGACACACUGCCCGACUCAGACGUUCUGUCGGGUCAGAAGGGCAGGGAACACUCUCCGCUCAGGAGAUUGCUGUGUUUGUCCCGUUCCCCUCAAGAGAAAGACACGCUAUGUAGCACCAGACCUUUUUCAACUGGAAAGAGCCUCCCCCGGAUGCUGGCAGACUCGCUGCAGAGGAGUGAUGGGGAGGAAGAGGAAGAUAGCUCCUUUACUCUGAGCCCAGUGGGGCAGGAUUCCUGUCCAGACAGUGACCUGCUAGACUGGGAAAAUUUGACCCUCCCGCUUCCUGUCACCUUUGAGCAAGAGGGUGAAGAUGGCGUUUCAGUUAGCCUGGGGGACCUGGUCAGGCAGAUUCAUCCAUACUGUAUGACGAUAAGUGUGGAGAAUGAGGAGGGGGAACAGAUGUUACCAGAAGGUGGCAUAUUACUUGAAGUUGUGGACCAGGGGGAAAAUGGAGAACCAAUCCUGGCCAUCCCAGCCAUGGACCUCCCGGUGUCUCUGCCACCCAAGGAGCUGUCGUCAGAACAGAAAACAUCCGAUGAAGCAGAAGAGGCAGCCUCUGACAGUUCAGAGCAUAUCGUUGUUGAUGAUGAUGAAGAAGAUGUAGUGGUUAGUGAUGCUCCAGUGAAAGUUUCAACACCGGGUCUAUGUUCAGAUGUAAAAGAUGAAGUGAUCAUCAAGAGACAGAAGGAAGAGAUUAGAGAGAAAAGCCCCUCCAGAAGAAAAAAGAAAAAGAAGUGUAAAGAACAGAGUCAACCUAUGCCUGAAGAGAGAAGAGUUCUCAGGAGUGGCACUGCAAGGAAUCCGGCUCAAGAGUCGUCCAAAAAAAUGGAAAAGAAGUCACUUAAACAAGAGAAGAAACACAAAGAGAAAAAGGUUCCUGUUGCCGCGACUCCACCGUUAACCAUAACAAAACCUAAGGAAAUGGGUCCAAGCCAUACUCGGACACAAACCACCGCUACAACACUAUCACCUGAAAUCACUGUGAAUGUUGCCCCAUCCCUGCCACCUAGACAGGACACGGUUAAGUUAAGUGCCAGCCCUGUGAAGGGUCAGCCGAGCUGUUCAGCCACAGCUCUGAGCCCCCAACAGCCUCAAGAAAUGCCUAAACAUCUGGUGGUGACCCCCAUCCAGCAAGAAGACUCAUCAGCAGCUCCUUCUGCUUUCCUUCCCCCGGAGUCCCCCGAGAGCCCCGCGGCUGCUCCUAGUGCUGCGACUCCCCAGGUGACACAGCCUGUUAGUGAGGCCCUCCCUCCUGUGGCACUGCCAGUCCCAGAGCCAAAACCCAAACCGCUCAGUCUGGCGGAGUACAGGCGCCUCCGACAGCAGAAAAAACCCGCACCGGUGGAGAAACUAGAUGACAACAGCACCAAGUGGCCCAGCCUCCCAGAGCUUCCCAAAGAGCUCCCCCCUAUUCCCUGCUUGCCCGACCCCAGCCCUAGGGAUCCUCGUCGUCCCAUCCCUCAGGUGGCGAAGAAGGAAGUGGAGGAGGUUCGACCUGCCUGGCAGCCUAAGGGACCUGCUGCACCACCCACUCCCGAGGCACUGCUGGUACCACCAUCCUACAUGGUUGCCGCGUCCAACAAAGUUUCAGCUGCUACCCCUGUUCCUAAACCCCAGCAAACACCUGAACCUUCCAAACAACUCCAAAAGCCCAGUGCUGCUCCCGCCCCCAGUUCAGUGAAGAACUUAGCCCCACAUCAGCCCACCCCUGUUCAGCCUGCGGUGGCUUGUGUACCUCAGAGCUAUGGAUCUCCACCUUCUUUAAAACCUGCUGCUCAGUUCAUGACUUCACCAGUUGGGAAAUGUGCUGGUGCACUUUCGGGCGGAAAGGAUGAAGUCAAAGGAGUGCCCCAAGCUCAGCCUGUAUCCCCCAAGUGUGUAGAGAGCCUUAAGACUAAAACCACUACAGAUGUGAUCAAAGUUGCUACUGCUGCUGCUACUGGGCCUGUUCUCAGCGUCCCCCAGAAGACCACUGUUGUUUACCAAAAGGUGCCUGAUGCCAGGUCCGCCAAACCCUUAUCCAGUGGUACGCAGACAAAACCUGCUAUGCUUGAAAUUAAAGAGAAACCCCAAAGAGCAAAGAGUCCUACACAGGAGCUGAUCGAGGCAUUCACCAGUGAAAUAGGCAUUGAAGCUGCAGAUUUGACCAGCUUGCUGGAGCAGUUUGAGGAGACCCAAGCCAAAGAGGAGCAAUGUGUGCCGGAGGUCUCUGGUAGAGCAGCAGCUGUAGGAAACUCAAGUGUUGAAUUGGUUCCAGAGAAAACUGCGGUGGAGCGUGUGAGAGCGAGUGACCUCUCAAGUACUGCAGCUCUGACUCCUCCAGCCACUCCUCCCCACCAGAUGUGGAAACCUCUGGCACCUGUUGCCCUGCUUGGAAAGAGCAAGGCGUCCGAGGCCUCAAAGUCGAGCCCCUGCAAGGUCAUCCAGAUAGAAGCCCGCCCUCUGCCCUCCAUCAGGUCUCGCAGUAAACCCACUCCUGCUGCCGCCGCUGUAGAUCCCGAGCUGGCAUGCAUGGAUCAUGACUACUGCCUUCCCAACAAAGCCACUGGCGAACAAGGGAAGCGCUGGAAUGUCAAACAGCAGUCAUUUAUCACUAUCAAGCCCAUCAAGCAACAAGCUGCUACAACCACUACACAAACACGCCCAUUUACCCCGGCAGCGUCUCUCCAGCCAGCCGCAAAUCCCGUGGUUUCAACCAAAACACAAGAUUAUCCACCAGCUCAGCCCCUCGAGCAAAGGAGAAACGAUGGGAUGAGCGGAACCUCUGUUCUCGAGACCCCGGACGCUUCCCCCGCUUGGCAGGAGAACGAGCACACUGAUGUAGACGGGAGCCCGAGGAGAGGGCCACGCAGGAGGUCUUACCGCCAGCGUUCUUCUUCUCGUACACCGAGCCCGAGAUGUAGUCCGGAAGAGACGCGUGAAGGCCGGUCUAGAAAAAGAAGAUCCCAUCGUUCUCCCAGUCCGAUGUCGAGCUGCUCAGAGUCGGAUUCUCAUUCCUCUAGAUCUCGAUCUAGAUCCGGGUCUUGCUCUCCACUAAAGAAAAGGUAUCGUCAUAACUCACAGAGCAGUUCCAGCUCCUCAUCCCGUUCUUCCUCUCGGUCCUCUCCCUCCGUUUCCCGCUCCCCUCCCAGGAGAAGGAGGUACUCGUAUUCCUCCUCUCGUUCUGGCUCUUGGAGUCGCUCCAGGUCAAGGUCUCAUUCCCCUCAAAGACAAGCACAGUGGAGUAGAAACAGAAGAUUGUACAGCCCUUCAUAUCGGCACAGCAAUGGAUACGUUUCAAAGACAAACACAGAGGAGGUAAAGCGACGCAAGGAGAAAGCCAUUGAGGAGCGGCGUGUUGUUUACGUUGGUCGAAUUCAGGGAACGAUGACCCAAAAAGAGCUUAAGGAGCGCUUUUCUUUAUUUGGCGACAUUGAAGAAUGUACUCUGCACUUUAGAGAACAAGGGGACAACUACGGGUUUGUGACAUAUUACGACACCAAGGAUGCUUUCAACGCCAUUGAGAAUGGGAGUAAACUGCGCAAGCCCGAUGAGAUGCCAUUUGAUCUGUGUUUUGGUGGAAGGAGACAGUUUUGCAAGACCAGCUAUGCUGACUUGGAUUCGAAUAGAGAGUAUGAUCCAUUACCUUCGAAAGGCAAGUACCAUGCACUAGACUUCGACACUUUACUGAAGCAGGCCCAGCAGAAUCUGAAGAGGUAACAGGAGGCCCGCACCAGGGAACGGCUGACACUUACCUCAGAGCCAGUGACUGGCUCCUCACCUGCAACACUGUCUUUACAAUUUAGUUGUUGCAUUAGUUUUUUUUUGUUUGUUUUAUUUUGUUCGUUUUGUUUCUGCAAGCUAACACCUUCUAUUGAAGUGAAGAUUUAUAAUGAAAGUAGGAAAAGAAGUCAAAAAAAUGGAAUAAGUGAAAUUAAAUAAUUUUUUUAAAAAGUUUAUUUAAAUGUAAAAUUGACUUUGGAUUAUAUGCAGAGAGAAUCAUUUUAAAGGGAU